CAAACACCAAAUCUCAAAUCUUGAACGAAAAGGAGCAGAAAGAAUAAUAAUUCGGUUUUCCUGCUCUUUAAUCAACUACUCAAACAAAAAUCAAACGUGUAAAAUAAUAAUAAUCUGCGCUUUAUCUCUAACAAUGACACUUACUGGUUUAUUAUUGACAGUUCGGACCAGUCCUACUCGUAAUGGUCUGGAAGCUCAUCACGCAUGCGCAGUCGCUGCCCUGGCGGAUGAUAAUUGCGAGCAGAGCGCGAACCCAGCGCCGCCUCCCUGGUCCCCGCGCGCGUCUGUCCCACUAACAUGAGGCUUUUCAUUCCCCUUCGGACCCAGAGGAGCCGCUGACCGCCGCUGGAAAGCCCCCCCAUCUCCCGCUCUCCUCCCUGCCCGCGGAGGUGUCGCCGUGGAGCGGUCGCCACGCAGGCCGCGGAUCGGGGUCUCGUCGCUGGGUGGAGACCGCUCAGACUCCCCGUUAGCCCCGUUAGCUCGCUACGAUGCGUCGCUGCUGCCACCGCCGCUGCUGCGUCUCUUCUGUUCAGCGAGGCGGGUCCUUGGUUAGUGGUUCACCCCGACUGAGCUGAAGGGGGACACGGGAAACGACGCCGCACCCUUCGAGAUGGAUGUUGAUUAUUGUGCUGGUGGGGACAGUACCAGGAGGAAAGUGGAUCUGACUGUGGCAGAAGGCACAAUGGAUGUUACACCACUGGAAAUGUACGACUCCGCCAGAGCAAAAAUAGCUGCCAACCUCCGGUGGCUAUUUGCAAAAGCCUAUGGCAUUGACCAUAUUCCAGAGGACUUAAGGGACCCAUUCUACACAGAUCAAUAUGACCAGGAACACAUUAAGCCGCCUGUCAUCCGCCUACUGCUGUCCUGUGAGCUCUACUGCCGCGUCUGCACCCUCAUCCUCAAGACGGAGCAGGCAGUGUCUCUUCAGUCCCACCUGUCCGUCAUCCAGGCCCUGUCCAGAAAGGGGAUUUACGUCGUGGAGAGUGACGAUACGCCCGUCACAGAUGGAGACCUGGCCUGUGUGCCCAUCAAAAUGAGUGCUCACAUGCCCAUGAUCGAUGCCCUGAUGAUGGCCUACACAGUGGAGAUGAUUAGCAUCGAGAAAGUGGUGGCUUCCGUCAAGCGCUUCUCCACCUUCAGUGCCUCCAAGGAGCUGCCCUUUGACCUGGAGGACACUAUGGUCUUCUGGAUCAACAAGGUCAACAUGAAGAUGAGAGAAAUAUCGGAAAGGGAACACAAAGUCAAGCAUCACCCUUUGGAGUCCCCCAGCCACCAAAAGCCUGAUGUCGUGCACAAGCCGGCCCACUGCAUGCUGGAGCCAAAGGAGCUCACUGAAGCGGUGCGGUAUCGCCGGGAGCAUGCUUCAGGCCGACAGCAGGCCUUCUUCCCUCUCCUGGAGGAACUGAUGAGGGAUGUUUGUGACGGAGCUGCACUGCUCACUGUGGUUCACUACUACUGCCCGGACCUCAUGAAGCUGGAUGACGUUUGCCUGAAGGAAGUGCCCUCCAUCGCUGAUAGCCUGUACAACAUCCAGCUGCUCAGAGAGUUCGCCAACGAGUAUCUGAAUAAAAGUUUCUAUCUGACAACGGAGGACAUGCUCUACUCGCCCCCCGUGCUGAAGCACAAUGUGAUGGUGUUCAUCGCUGAGCUCUACUGGUGGUUUGAAACUGUCAAACCAGAGUUUGUCCAGCCCAGAGAUCUCCAAGAGUUUAAAGACGCUCGAGCCAUAGCUCAGCCCAAGAGUGCCCGUCCAUCAGUGCCCAUUUCCAACGCCACCAAGCGCAGCUUCCUGGCCAGUCCUGGCGUGGCUGAUAACCAGAUCAGCCCUGAAGUCUGUAACAGGUACUUCCUGCACCCUGAAGACUCUGACCCCCUUAAAGGGGGUCCAGCCUUCAGUCCUUCCCACCCACUACUGCCCCUGCGACAGAGACAGCAGAAGCAGCAGGGAGAGGAUGGAGCAGGUCUGAGAAACCGCUCAAAUUCUCUGACUCAGAUGGACGGACAACCCAGAGGUUCUAUUGCUGCAUGGCCAGAAAAGAGGCAAAGACCACUGUCCACACUGAGUCCCUACAUGUUGCAUUCAGCCGCAGACGGUGAUGCAGAUAUGGCCUCUGGAGACAGCGUGAGUCUGGCUCGCUCCAUAAGUAAAGACAGCCUGGCGUCCAACGUCAUCAACGUCACACCCAAACACCAGACCUCUGUCCACCAGCCCUCGCAGGGUGCAAUGCGCAGAGUCAACGGCCACGGCCUGCUGGCCAAAGUUAACAUUGAAGAUGACGACAAAACUAUUGUGGCAGUCGCACGGACUGAUUCUCCCGCCAUCCCCAAACAGGCUGACGGGACACAAGCGACUGCCGCAGCGUUGUCUAAACCUUCCACUGAGUCCAAACCUGCACCAGAUAGCUUUUACCUAGAACCACUGAUGCCUGCCGUUAUCAAAACGGCUAAAGAAAAGUCUGUAUGCCUAAACAAGGAGGAGGAGAGCGGUGAGGUGCCCCGCUCCUCAGGACGGGGAUCUUUACACAGAGGAGAUGGAUCUACAUCAGCAGUUCGUAGGAAAACAUCCUGCACCCUAAACCAAACUCUUCCCCCUCCAGGUGAGGAGGCAUACUUGUCAGAGGAGCCUUGCCAGAGUCAGUCAGGUUUAAGGCCCACUGCCACAAGCAGCGUGGACCCCUCGGCCAGAGAGCCAGUUGGGGGUUUCUACCGGCAUUCAGACGCUGAAGAACCAAAGUGUGGCCCAGGCCUGGAUCCUGAGCUGGAAGACCUGGAUGAGAAUGAGGAAGAAGAGGAUUUGGAUGAAGCGAGUACCACUAAAGACCCCAAUUGGCCCAGGAAAGCCUUCAAUGAGGAAGAUGAAGAAGAAGAAUCAGCCAAACUGCAAGAGGAUAUGAAUGUGAAAGAGCAUGAUGACAAAGACAUGAACGGAGGCAGCGGUCGUUCCAGCCCCUGUCUCAGCGCUAACUCCCAGGCCAGCAGCAUGGCCAGCAGCAUGGCCAGUGGCAGUGUGCGUAUGACCUCCUUCGCAGAGCGCAAAGCUCAGCAGCAGCGCUUCGGCAGCAACCACGACCUCCGCUCCAGUGCCUCCAGCUCCCAAAGGACCACCCCAGAUGGAUCAGAGAGCAGCGGGCCCCUGUCGUCCUCCUGGAGGCUUAAAAGAGACCAGAGCCCCUCCUCGCCCAUGGGAGGACACUCUCGUACAGGGGAUGGUAGCGGUGGUGUCCUGACUUCUGAACUUGUCCAUCUGCGUAUGCAGCUGGAGGAGAAGCGACGUGCCAUUGAGCACCAGAAGAAGAAGAUGGAAGUGCUGUCGGCGAGGCAGAGGCAGAAGCUGGGAAAGGCAGCUUUCCUGCACAUCGUUAAGAAAGGUGGAGGCAAGAGUGACUCUUUACCCAGUCCGCUUAAGGCCGGCAUCUCUAAAGAAGAGCUCAAUGGAGAAAAAGGACCAUCAAAUAAAGAUGGCUUAUGUGUAGAGGCCCUGAGGGGGGACAAAGAGGUGGUGGGAAACCCCCCGCCCGGUGCCUUAGAAGCAGAUAAGAAAGGAAGCAGUGGCAGCUUCUAUCUUGAGGAAGAGUUGGACCUAAACGAGUGCAGCCGCUCCAUUGAGCUGCUGAACGACGCCAUCGGCAGCAUCCAGCAGCAGAUGAUGCAGAUGUCACUACAACAGGAGAUGUUGAUGAAACAGAAUGUACAGUCGCCCCCUGCUGGUGCAGCCCUGCCUCCUCCUCAGGCUAGUGACAAAAACAGUGACCCUAAGUCGGGGGCCAGCUUUCAUUAUGUGGAGCAAUGCUCUGGCAGUAACACCGCCCCCACCAGGAAACCCCCCAAGCUGAGCUCAGGCCGGAGCUCCAGAUCCAAACCAUCAGAUCUAAAAAUAGCCAAGGAGCAAGUCCGGCAAGUGUCCAGGACCCUCACCCCCACAAAGAGUGGGUCAGAGACUUUACCACAUAUGAGGCAUUUAGCCGGGGGCAGGUCCCCCAGGGCCGAGCAGCCCGGCAACACCAGAACCCCCACAGCAGGAGAGACAAUCGACAGGCCGGGCUCUGGCCACAUUCGGAGCGCCAACUUCAGGCUUCAUGACGAGGCAAACAUGCGUCUGCCGACCAGGCUGGACCUGACGGCAGUGACGGCCUCAGAAGUGUCCUUUGACGACUGCCUGUCCAGCACCCUGAGGGAGCCUGAGCUCAACUCUUCAGACGGUUCGGGGAAAGAGAACAUCCCAUCAGAGGAGCUGCAGCGCAGCAGAUCCCACCUGAUCGAGGUCGAUCUGUCUGAGCUGAAGGAUCCUGAGGAAGAGGAGGGUGCUGAGUAUAACACAACAGAAGGAGGGGAUGGAGAGCAGAAGUCAGGCCUGGGCUUCUUCUUCAAGGACGAGCAGAAGGCCGAGGAUGAGCUGGCGAAGAAAAGAGCAGCGUUUUUGCUGAAGCAGCAGAAAAAAGCUGAGGAGGCUCGACAACGUAAGCAACAGUUUGAAGUUGAAUCUGAGCUGAAACGAGAUGAAGCAAGACGGAAGGCCGAGGAGGAUCGCCUGCGUAAAGAAGAGGAGAAGACGAGGCGGGAGCUGAUUAAGCAGGACUAUCUGCAGAGGAAGCAGCAGGAGAUCUUUGAGGAGCAGGGAGUUGUGAAGCCCAAAACACCGAAACCGAAGCAGAAGCAGAAACACAGACAGAAGCCGGUGCUCAGAGAGGAAUCCUCCAGCGACACUGUCUCCAAGUGCUCUUCCACACCCGACAACCUGAGCUCUGCCCAAUCAGGAUCCAGUCUGUCUCUGGGCUCCGCCGCCACCAACGAGGCCGACAGCGUCAACUCUGGAGGAGCUGGCUCUCAGCGCUGUGACUCUGUGGAGUCGUUUCCAGGAAGUCGUAACAGUCGGACUGCAGAACGCGACUGGGACAACGGCUCCACUGCUUCUUCCAUCGCUUCCAUGGCUGAAUACACUGGUCCCAAACUGUUCAAAGAGCCCAGCGCCAAGUCGAACAAGCCAAUCAUCCACAACGCCAUCUCUCACUGCUGCCUGGCCGGCAAAGUCAACGAGCCCCAGAAGAACCAGAUCCUAGAGGAGCUGGAUAAGUGCGAGUCCAACCACCUGAUGAUCCUGUUUCGUGACGGCGGCUGUCAGUUCCGAGCGCUCUACUCGUACUUCCCCGACACCGAGGAGAUCCAGAAGCUGACCGGCACCGGACCCAAGAGCAUCAGCAAGAAGAUGAUCGACAAGCUGUACAAGUACAGCUCGGACCGCAGGCAGUUCACCGUCAUUCCUGCCAAGACUGUGUCGGUGAGCGUGGACGCCCUGACCAUCCACAACCACCUGUGGCACGUCAAGAGGGGUGCUGUGCCAAAGAAAAGUGUAAAAUAGCCGGAGGCUGGACUCGGAACCCUCUAUCUUUACAAAUCAUCAUUUCCCUCAUCUCACUUGUGUCCUGAAUUGACUGCAUCGGCGCUCACAGCCAAGCUCGCCGCCACGCUCGGCCUCCAGGCCUCCUCAGGAGAGGCCCCAGCCAUGAACAAGGGAAAGGGAAUACGUGCUCGUGUGUGUGUGUGCGUGUGUGUGUUACAGGUGGUCUGAGGGACUGGUGCUUGCAACAAAAAGAGGAAUGAUGCCGGCUGAAUCUGCUUCUCCUGCCUGUGAUCUCAGUGCGAUCUGUUCAGGUUUCGUUCUUUUUCUACGACGACCACAACAACAACUCUCAAGCAUGUGGCAUUAUAUUUCUCUUUUGUCUCUCAUGUGUGGUGGAUGUUCAUUUUUUUUUUUUUACAUGAAGUAUUUAUUAGUUCAGCACUGUCAUGACGGAGAGAGCUCAGCUGCAGCACUAAAAUCCUUCCUUCCCCCCCCGGAAGCACCUCUCCUCUGGACUCUUUCGGACACCAGGAGAGGACAUCAGGGGGGGGACUUCUGUCUCAAAGGGACCUUUGUUACGACCCCUUUAGGUCUGUGGGACGACCCCUCUGUCGUCCCGUCAAAAACACUUUCUUCCCUCGUGGACCGUCGAAUCAGGCUGGCAUUGCCGAUUUUUGCCUCACCAGGGAUCUCCGAACAACCUGCUGCUCUGAACUGUCUUCUUCUUUUUGUCACGGGGUGGGGGGGGGAGAGCUCCCCUCAGGUCUCCCCCCCAGACAUCUGUUGGCCUUUCACGCAUCGUGGUACUAUCGCCUCUUUUGAUUCAACCGCUUUUUAAACUCGACGCUGAUCGUGUAGCACUGGGUGUGUGUGUGUGUGUGUGUGUGUGUAUAGCAAGAAGAGAAAAAAAAAAGGAACAGGUCAUUUUAAAUCCUUUUCUUUUUUAUUUGGAACAUCCUUUUUUCACGAGGGUGUCAGAAGAGGGCGAAUCAUGGGCUCUGCUACACAAAUUCUGCUUUGUCUGGUUUUUGUUUGAGCGUUUCUUUUUUGUUAUUUUUAUGGAUUCUUCUUGAAGCGAUGUGGUUCUAAAGUGAUGUUAAUGCGUUUUUCAUCAUAACAGGAAAUUCUCUGAUGUUUAGGCCUUAGUCGUGUUUUCUCCCCACCGGGCACUCUUGGAUUGUCCUGUUUAAAAAAAGGUGCACUCACGAACACUACUUUCAUACAGUGUAACUCCCCCACUCCUCCCCCCACGUGUCUGCCUGUCCCGCCACGACAGCAACACACACACCCCCUCCCGUUGUGAAGCGUGUGUGUGUUGCUGCCGUGUCACCAGUUCGACUGUGGUUCAGUUCUGUGCCGACAUUAAAGAACAUUCCUGACAAGGUUUUGACGAACACUGCCACGUCGUCUCUUCUCCUCCUCCUUCUUCCUCUGUCGUUCUAAACACAAUCAAAGUGCUUCUUCGCAUUAAAACCGUUCGUUGGCCUCGAGAAAAACAACCACAAGUGUCGCACACGCACUUUACUUUUCCGUUUGUCGUUUGGGGGAAUUUUUACUUUAUAUUUGUUUUAAAUGGGCAUAAAAACGAGGAACUAAUUGAAAACACUGCUGUCGCCGUGCGCGCCAAACCAAACACUAUGAUUUGAAUCCUGACACGUGAAGCUGACAUGAUACUACUGCUGUCUCCGAGAACAACAGAAUACUUGAUUUCUCAUCUGCUGCAUUGUGGUGUUUUGGGGGGGCAGGGCGGGUCGUACAUCUUUAAUCGUGUGUCAGUGUAUUUUUAUGUUAACUAAAAGAUUGUAUUGGCAUUUGGUCACCAUUUUUGUUACACCAGUGUAUUUUUGUCAUCCCUGUUUAUUUUGUCGUUGGUCCCAUGCCAUCUAUUUAUUUUGAAAUGGAAGCACUGAAACGGAAUAAAUUUUCAAGUGAUUAAAAGUCA